GCAGAGCCCCGCGCUGCCAUGGAUUCACUCCUGCUGCCAUUGUUGCUACUAUUGGCCAUACUGUGGACGCAGGCUGCUGCUCUCAUUAACCUUAAAUACUCAGUAGAAGAGGAGCAGCAUGCCGGAACAGUGAUCGCCAAUGUCGCCAAGGAUGCUCAGGAUGCUGGCUUUGCUCUGGACCCACGCCAAGCCUCAACCUUCCGUGUGGUCUCUAACUCAGCCCCACACUUGGUGGAUAUCAACCCCAGCUCAGGCCUGCUGGUCACCAAACAGAAGAUUGACCGAGACCUACUGUGCCGCCAGAGCCCCAAGUGUAUCAUCUCACUGGAAGUCAUGUCCAGCUCAAUGGAAAUCUGCGUGAUUAAGGUGGAGAUAAAAGACCUGAAUGACAAUGCUCCCAGCUUUCCAGCAGCACAGAUCGAGCUGGAAAUCUCAGAGUCAGCCAGCCCUGGCACACGCAUCCCUCUGGACAGUGCCUAUGACCCGGACUCAGGCAGCUUUGGUGUGCAGACAUACGAGAUCACACCUAAUGAUCUGUUUGGCCUGGAGAUAAAGACGCGUGGUGACGGCUCACGCUUUGCAGAACUCGUGGUGGAGAAGAGCUUGGAUCGAGAGACACAAUCGACCUACAACUUACACAUCACUGCACUCGACGGGGGCAAUCCACCACAUCUGGGCACUGUUGGCCUCAGCAUUAAGGUGACUGACUCUAACGACAAUAAUCCAGUUUUCGGAGAGUCCACCUAUACCGUGAGCUUGCCAGAGAACUCACCUCCUAACACGCCAGUCAUCCGCCUCAAUGCUAGCGAUCCAGACGAGGGCACCAAUGGCCAGGUGGUCUACUCUUUUUAUGGCUAUGUCAACGACCGAACCCGUGAGCUUUUUCAAAUUGACCCUCAUAGCGGCCUGGUUACAGUCACCGGUGCCCUGGAUUAUGAAGAGGGUCACGUGUAUGAACUAGACGUGCAAGCCAAAGACAUGGGACCUAAUUCCAUUCCAGCACACUGCAAAGUCACCAUCAGCGUUCUGGAUGCCAAUGACAACCCACCAGUUAUCAACUUGUUAUCUGUCAACAGUGAGCUGGUGGAGGUGAGCGAGAGUGCGCCCUCGGGGUAUGUGAUUGCUCUGGUGCGGGUUUCUGAUCGGGACACGGGACUUAAUGGGCGUGUUCAAUGCCGCUUACUGGGCAAUGUGCCCUUUCGACUACAGGAAUAUGAGAGCUUUUCCACUAUAUUAGUGGACGGACGACUAGACCGGGAACAGCACGAUCAGUACAACCUUACAAUCCAAGCCCGAGAUGGUGGCGUGCCCAUGCUGCAGAGUACCAAGUCUUUCACUGUGCGCAUCACUGAUGAGAAUGACAACCAUCCACACUUUUCCAAGCCCUACUACCAAGUAAUUGUGCAGGAGAACAAUACUCCAGGGGCAUAUUUGCUAUCCGUGUCAGCCCGAGACCCUGACUUGGGUCUCAAUGGCAGUGUUUCCUACCAGAUUGUACCAUCACAUGUAAGGGACAUGCCUGUCUUCACCUAUGUCUCCAUCAACCCCAACUCAGGAGACAUUUAUGCACUGCGGUCCUUCAACCACGAACAGACCAAGGCGUUUGAAUUCAAGGUACUGGCCAAGGAUGGCGGCCUGCCCUCCCUACAGAGCAAUGCAACAGUGAGAGUCAUCAUCCUUGAUGUUAAUGACAAUACUCCGGUCAUCACCACCCCACCCCUAAUAAAUGGCACUGCGGAAGUUUAUAUUCCUCGAAACUCUGGUAUAGGCUACCUUGUGACUGUUGUCAAAGCUGAUGACUAUGAUGAAGGUGAAAACGGUCGGGUCACUUAUGACAUGACCGAUGGAGACAGAGACUUCUUUGAAAUAGAUCAGGUCACUGGGGAAGUCAGAAUCACUCGCACCUUCAGUGAGAGCUCCAAGGCAUCCUAUGAGCUUAUUGUGGUGGCCCAUGACCAUGGCAAGACGUCUCUUUCAGCUUCAGCACUUGUCAUAAUCUACUUGUCUCCUGCUCUAGAUGCCCAAGAGUCAAUGGGCACAGUGAACUUGUCCCUGAUUUUCAUUAUAGCCCUGGGCUCCAUUGCAGGGAUCCUCUUUGUCACGAUGAUCUUCGUAGCAAUCAAGUGCAAGAGAGAUAACAAAGAGAUCAGGACCUACAAUUGCAGAAUCGCUGAGUACUCCUAUGGACAUCAAAAGAAAUCAAGCAAGAAGAAAAAAAUCAGUAAAAAUGACAUACGUCUGGUACCCAGGGAUGUGGAGGAGACAGACAAGAUGAAUGUUGUCAGUUGUUCCUCUCUGACCUCAUCCCUCAACUAUUUCAACUACCACCAGCAGACACUGCCCUUGGGCUGCCGUCGCUCUGAGAGCACUUUCCUGAAUGUUGAGAACCAGAACACCCAUUCUAGCAGCGCCAAUCACAUCUAUCAUCAUUCUUUCAACAGCCAAGGCCCACAGCAGCCAGACUUGAUUAUAAAUGGUGUCCCACUGCCUGAGACUGAAAAUUAUUCUUUUGAAUCCAACUAUGUGAACAGCCGAGCACAUUUAAUCAAAAGCAGUUCCACCUUCAAGGAUUUAGAGGGCAACAGUCUGAAGGACAGUGGGCAUGAGGAAAGUGACCAGACUGACAGUGAACACGACGUCCAGCGAAGCCUGUAUUGUGAUACUGCUGUCAAUGAUGUGCUGAACACCAGUGUGACUUCUAUGGGAUCCCAGAUGCCUGAACAUGAUCAGAAUGAAGGAUUACAUUGCAGGGAAGAAUGCCGGAUUCUUGGUCAUUCUGAUAGGUGCUGGAUGCCUCGGAACUCCAUAACCACCAGCUCCAAGUCCCCUGAGCACAUGAGGAACAUCAUUGCACUGUCCAUUGAAGCUACUACUGCUGAUGCUGAGACAUAUGAUGACUGCGGCCCCAUCAAGAGGACUUUUGCGACCUUUGGAAAAGAUGUCAGUGAUCACCUUGCUGAGGAAAGACCCACACUGAAAGGCAAGAAGACUGUUGAUAUUCCCAUUUGUAGCCCUAAGGUGAGUGAUGUGAUUCGGGAGGCAGGCAAUGGCUGUGAGGCUAUUAGCCCUGUCACCUCCCCUUUGCACCUCAAGAGCCCUCUGCCCACCAAACCUAUAUCUUUCACUGUUGCUCUGGCACCUCUGGCCCGAGAUAUAGAGAAGUAUUUAAACAACGACACAUCUCAACCCUCUGAAGCUGAACCCCGUAAAGCCGAUAGUGAGACUGUCGUGUCUGAGGUCAAUCCUAUUAUCAAGGAGUGUCUUGAAAAAGAGUCUCCUGGAGUAAAGCAUCUGAAGGAUAUCAUACUCUAAAUCAGAAGAGAGAGAAACUAUACUGACCGGUGAAAAAGCUGGAGCUAAUAUUUUUACUUGUUUACUUAUAGCUGAUUCUCGAGUGGUUUUAUUUUAGAGCUUUCCCUAAAUGUAUUGUUUAUAAAUGUCUAUCAUUCUGUGACAAUCCAUCUCCUUUUAAUAAGCAGCAGGAGUUUUCAGAUGGAGCAAAUUUGCUUUUAGUUGAGUUGUUCUUGGGGCCUUGGUGUUAGGAACACAAAAACAAUUUCACUUGUGAAAAGUAUUAUGUAUAAGUAUUUGAAUUUCUAUUUUUCUAUGUCAAAUGAUAAUAUAGAUUACCAUCAAUUAUAAAGGGUUAUAUUAAA